AUGACGGCCAUCGAAGAGGCUGGGGAGAUCAUCAUUGACCUCGAUGCUAUUGCUGCCAAUCUGAGAGUAGACCUGGAGGUGAUGAUGUCCGAGGGGGGGAAACACUUACUGGACCUCACAAGCACUCUCAAUGGCACAUCACUGCUCAAAACCCCUCACAGUGAUGCUACGGCAGACGUGUAUGAUGACAUCUCCAUGCUCGAGACACCUCACACAGAGUCACCCGGUCCUGUCAGCUACACAGCCUUCACCACGGCAUGCUCUGACACACUGGCACCCACCAUCAGCGUUCACCACUUAGAUCGUAUGGUAUUUGUGACCACCGUGAUGACCAGCACUGCCCUCAUUGCAAGUGGACAGCAGAUAUGCAGUGCAGACGGCAUCCUGCUGGAACCACUCUCCCUCAACGAAGCUAAGACUCGCGACAACUGGUACAAAUGGCAGGAAGCCAUGGUCAGCGAGAUGGACAGCAUGCACAAGAUGAAUGUCUUUGAGCUAGUCGACAUUCCCAAGAGUGGCAAGUUAAUCAGCGUUCGAUGGGUUUACAAACUCAAGCUCGAUGCACAAUGA